GGGGGUGUGUCCGCGCAGCCCCGGGGGCGCGCGCCAGCUUCUGAGCGGAGGCCGCGGCAGCCGAGGCGCGAGCCGCCCGAUAAUGGCGGCCUGCAGAGCUCAGGAGAGGGAGAAGCGGCGGCGGCUGCCCUGAGAAACCUCGACCUUGAAGAUGGUGAGUAGCCAGCCAAAGUACGAUCUAAUACGGGAGGUAGGCCGAGGUAGUUACGGUGUUGUGUAUGAAGCAGUCAUCAGAAAGACCUCUGCAAGAGUAGCAGUGAAGAAAAUUCGAUGCCACGCACCUGAAAAUGUUGAACUAGCCCUUCGAGAGUUCUGGGCACUAAGCAGUAUCAAGAGCCAACACCCCAAUGUGAUUCACUUGGAAGAGUGCAUUCUACAAAAAGAUGGGAUGGUGCAAAAGAUGUCCCACGGCUCUAAUUCUUCCCUUUAUUUGCAGCUGGUGGAGACUUCAUUGAAAGGAGAAAUUGCCUUUGACCCCAGAAGCGCCUAUUAUUUGUGGUUUGUGAUGGAUUUUUGUGACGGAGGAGACAUGAAUGAGUAUCUGCUGUCCAGAAAGCCCAAUCGAAAAACUAACACCAGCUUCAUGCUUCAGCUCAGCAGUGCUCUGGCUUUCUUGCAUAAAAACCAGAUCAUCCACCGAGACCUGAAGCCUGAUAACAUCCUGAUUUCUCAGAGCAGACUGGAUACCAGUGACUUGGAGCCCACGCUGAAAGUGGCCGAUUUUGGCCUAAGUAAAGUUUGCUCAGCAUCUGGGCAGAACCCAGAAGAACCUGUCAGUGUGAACAAGUGUUUCCUUUCCACGGCAUGUGGAACAGAUUUCUACAUGGCUCCUGAGGUAUGGGAAGGGCACUACACAGCGAAAGCUGACAUCUUUGCUCUGGGAAUUAUCAUCUGGGCGAUGCUGGAGAGGAUCACCUUCAUAGACACAGAGACAAAGAAGGAGCUCUUGGGGAGUUACGUAAAGCAGGGAACCGAAAUUGUGCCUGUUGGGGAGGCACUUCUGGAAAACCCCAAAAUGGAACUUCUCAUCCCUGUGAAGAAAAAGUCUAUGAAUGGGCGAAUGAAACAGCUGAUUAAGGAAAUGCUGGCUGCAAACCCUCAGGAUCGUCCGGAUGCUUUUGAACUAGAACUCAGAUUAGUCCAAAUUGCAUUUAAAGACAGCAGCUGGGAAACGUGACCUACUGCGUGCAAGCAUCUUAAAUAGGUGCUGCUCCUGAUUCAACAGAGAUACAACAUUACAUGGCCGAAAAGAAGACGGAAGUUAGACUCCACUUUUUAAGGGUUUAGGUUUUAUUGUGGGGUAGUUUUUUUCUCUCGUUUUUCUUAAUCCAUGCAGGCCAUCUUAUUGUAUGUUUUGAAUGUGUAUUACCAAUGUGGGUGUAAAAAUUUUUUUCUUUAAAUCAUUGGUAAAAGUUUGGCAGAAAAAAAAAAUUCUCUUAAGAGCCAAGCAGAGAAGAGAGUCCAAUUUUCUGGAAAAUGCUUUUAAGUAUUUUAGACAUUCCUUGUCAGUAUUAGGCACUUCCAUGGAAAAGAGGUUUGCAUGCUGGUAAUGCGACCUUUGAAGCUUUGUAAAGGAAACAUGUAUGUAUGUAUUUAUGUAUAUGUAAGUAUGUGAGUGUGUGCAUUUUGCAUUCCACAUGAAGAAAAUGCCACUUCUGUUUAAAUUAUUUGAUACAGCUUUGGUUUUUUGAGAUUUGCUGGUGAAAUUGGUGAUGAAAAACCACACAAACCACCUCUCAUCCACCUUCCCUGCCCCUCUUACUACUGGAAACAUGGGUAAGGGUAUUUUUUGUUGUUUUGUUUCGUUUUCCCAGUAUACGUCUCUUUAAAGGCAUCAUUUUGGAGGGUCUAAAAUGGCUGAUUAACCAUAACUGAAACCAAGCAGUUCAAACUGCUGAAGUAUGUCUGAGCUCUCCAGAGCCCCGUAACAUUUCGAGUUGAAUUAGUCAUGUAGUCUCAUGUAGAAGGUCGGCAAGGAUGCUGAUGGCUCACCUAGACCUUUAGGUAACUGAGCAUUUGUUUAAUUAAACUACUGCACUGGGGCAUCUGCUGUAACCUGAGGAUGCUAUUCUUCUGUUCUCAAAACAUUGCUUUACGCAACUGUAGUACUUGAUGUAUUGAUUUCAGGUUUUAAGACUUUAUAAAUAUCGGCAUAAAGUUGAAGAAACAAAUGA